AUAUACGAAAACAAUUGAAUGAUUUGAGCAAUGAUUCAGUGAUUUUGUUAUUUGACUUCAAUUCACAGCAAAAACUAAUUUUUAUAAACAAUUGUUUGAAUUUUUACCCGAAUUUACGGACACUUACUGAGAGGUCAACACCAAAACAAAAGACUGUUUCCCGAAGUUAUUGUUAUUGCAAACAAUGGGUCAGCAUCAUUCGGGUGGAUCGGGAACUGGCGGUUCGGGCGGCGAUAAGGACAAGAAGGGUCAGAAAAAGGAACGCUCGGCACCGCCGCCGGUACCGACAAUACGCGGUCGCCGUCGUAAGGGUGGUAAAGGACCGGACAGUGCAUCCAAGUUGCCGGCGGUUACGCCACACACACGAUGUAGGCUUAAACUUCUGAAGUUGGAGCGCAUCCAAGAUUGGCUGCUUAUGGAGGAAGAGUUCCUCAAGAAUUGUAACGCAACCAUCAAUGCUAAGGCAGAUAAAGAAGAUAAUAUUGAUGAAGAACGCAAUAAAGUGGAUGAUCUGAGAGGGACACCGAUGUCUGUGGGAAACCUCGAAGAGAUUAUCGAUGAUAAUCACGCUAUUGUGUCGACUUCUGUCGGCUCCGAGCAUUAUGUCUCGAUCUUAUCUUUUGUCGAUAAGGAACAGUUAGAGCCUAACUGUUGUGUCUUAUUGAACCAUAAAGUGCACGCCGUUGUCGGUGUUCUCAGCGAUGAUGUGGAUCCGAUGGUCAAUGUGAUGAAACUGGAGAAAGCGCCUCAAGAAACCUACGCCGAUAUUGGCGGUCUCGACACACAAAUUCAAGAGAUCAAAGAGAGUGUUGAACUGCCGCUAACUCAUCCCGAAUAUUACGAAGAAAUGGGUAUCAAACCGCCCAAAGGUGUUAUUCUGUACGGCCCGCCCGGCACAGGCAAAACACUGUUAGCUAAAGCAGUGGCCAAUCAAACAUCUGCAACCUUCUUGCGAGUAGUCGGUUCCGAACUCAUUCAGAAGUAUUUGGGUGACGGACCGAAACUCGUACGCGAAUUAUUUCGUGUGGCCGAAGAACACGCGCCGGCCAUUGUGUUUAUCGACGAGAUUGACGCCGUCGGUACCAAACGUUAUGACUCCAAUUCUGGCGGCGAACGAGAAAUUCAACGAACAAUGUUAGAGUUGUUGAACCAAUUGGACGGUUUCGACAGUCGCGGUGAUGUUAAAGUAAUAAUGGCCACCAAUAGAAUUGAAACAUUAGAUCCGGCCCUAAUCAGACCCGGUCGUAUUGAUCGUAAAAUUGAGUUCCCGAUGCCCGACGAAAAGACAAAACGUCGUAUAUUUAACAUUCACACACAACGCAUGACUCUGGCCGAUGAUGUUGACUUCGAAGACCUUGUUCUGGCCAAAGAUGAACUGUCCGGCGCCGACAUUAAAGCCAUCUGUACAGAGGCCGGUCUAUUAGCCUUACGCGAGCGCCGUAUGAAAGUGUUGGGCGACGACUUCAAGAAAGCCAAAGAGCACGUACUCUACCGCAAGAAAGAAGGAACUCCUGAAGGACUUUAUUUAUAAUAUAACACACUAUUAGACAACUUAUCUUUUUUGUCAUUUGUUUUUUUUUUGAUUGUAUUUCUCAUUAAAAGAUUUUUUUAAACUAUAAAACUUGGAGACACUUGUU